UGAAUUCCAGUACGGACCUUAGCGGCGGGAAUAACGUUGAGUUUGUAACGCUGCUAACAUUAAAAACGCAUAAACAGCCACCCCGCCCUCAGCCCGUAUUAACUUCUUGUAGCAGAAGAUGGCAGAGUGCGUUAAUGAGAGAGAAAGAAGAGGGUGUGUGUGAGACCACCCGUACGAGCCGUGAAGGUGAAGUCGGUGUAAGAUGGAGAACCGCAGCUUCCACAGCCAGCUACUGUCCGUCAUGGAGGUCCUGGCCAAGGCAGCCGUGGCGGAGAUAAAGCGGCGUGUGGAUGACAGCUGCGCGGUGCUCCGACUGGAGGUGACCGAGAGCCGGCGGGACAUCGACCUGCUGAAGAGGAAGUGUGCGCUGAUGGAGACAGAGCUGAGCAGGACCAGGAGGAGAACCGGGAGGUCAGUCAAAGUAGUGUUGGACAAAGAGAGACAGAUCACAGUUUGGGACAGACUGAUGGAUGCUGAAGCUCAAAAUCAACCGCAGCCGCGUGCUGAUCAAGCUGAUCACAUAUUGAUCAAAGACAUGUGGAAGAACAACCCAGAGGACACACUGGUCUCUGAAGCUGAGCAGUGUUCUGAAGCCUCACAACCUACCCAGACCGUUGUAGAGCCUCGCCGUUCAGCUGAGAACCCGGUCGAUCCUGGAUCUCUGGUUUUCCCAGCAGACGGAUACAACACUUUCCCGGAGCAGCAGCUAAACAGGAAGGAGCUUGUGGUGAAACGCGAGAGAGAUGAUGAAGAGCCAGACGAGAACGCAGCUCCUCUCGAUUCAGCCCACGAGUUUGCGGCAGAGGAAGGUGAUGGGCCGUUUUGGUUGUCCAAUCAGUGCAGAGACGGUGUCGCUCCAAGCCGCUCGCGUGCAGGGCAACAGUUUGGUCCGAUUCCCUCCGUAUUCCUGUCUCAAACUGGAUCACGCUCAGCCGUGGUGAGCACAGCACGAGUGAAAAGACAACAACCACAACAUCAGCACGGAGACUCUGCGCCUCACACCAGGAACUCAAACAAGGAUUCAACGCCGCCAAACACAGCGGCCACUUCUCUGCACGGGCACGGUCGCGGCAGCUUCGGCCUGGCGAGGAGGACGAAGACGCCCUGGAUGUCCGGCAUCGGCGAGAAGAGGUUCAGCUGCACGUACUGCAACAAAGGCUUCGUGAGGUUCAGUCAGCUUGGAGAGCACCUGAGGAGUCACACGGGGGAGAAGCCGUUCAGCUGCCUGCAGUGCGGCAGGAGCUUCACCAAACAGUGCAACCUCAUCCGGCACGCGGUGGUCCACAGCGGGGAGAAGCCCUUCGAGUGCUCGCUGUGUGGGAAGAGCUUCACCCAGCGCUCCAGCCUCAAGUCCCAUCAGAAAACAGCACACUGACUUUACAGGGUUUUCUUCUAAACAUCUGACGCUUGUGUUGAGUAACUUUAAGAAACAGUCCCUGUUUUGUUUUGUGUGAAGGAAAUGAUCGAGUAUAUCUCAUCUGAUGUGUCUGGUCAACAUCUCUGAUAUUUUUACUUCUAAAGAUGAUCUGUACAUGGAUAUCUUUGGAAAAGCACCUUCGGUCCUGUCAUCACUUUAUAUUGUACGAGCGCUUCACAUGCUGUAUGACUGAGCUGCAGACUCCUCCACACAGGCAGAAGUAUGAAUGAUACACCAAUUAAAAACAUUAGAGACUCAAA